AGGAAAAGAACGCUCCUUUCUGCUACCCAGUCAUCCUUCAGAAGAGUAGCAGCAGCAGCAGUAAAACUAACAAAAGCGUUGAAGCUACUGAAGUCAUAUUGUGUGCUCAAAACGUCCUACACGCACAACUGUUUUAUUGCUAACGCAUUGAUCACUGAGGUCAUUUUGCGACAAUCUAAGUGGAAAACAAAACAAAGACAAAAACGUCUAAUAAUAAAGGCGAAAACACAAAAAAUAAUUUUAAAAAAUGACGUUACAACGCUCGUGUUUCAGCGGAUUGAGGGGCACUGGGCUCUUGGUUUUAUUCACUCUGCUGGUACUGCAGCUCGGUGCCGAGGCUCGUCGCAUCGUUGCCGUUGGCGAUCUGCACGGCGACUACGAGCAGAGUGUGUCGGUGCUCCGCCUCACCAACCUCGUCGACAACAACACUCACUGGAUUGGCGAGGACGCAUUUCUCGUGCAACUAGGCGACAUUUUAGACGUGGGCCCGGACGACAUUAAGAUUGUGAAGUUGCUGAUGCGGCUGCAGAAGGAGGCGCAGGCGAGGGGCGGCGACGUGGUGGAGCUGCUCGGCAAUCAUGAGCUGCGCAACUUCCGCGGCGACUACACCGCCGUGGACCAAGCGAGUUUGGCGGCGAACGGCGGCAAGGAGGGCCGCGACACGCUCCUCUCCAACGCGACGGCGGUGGGCACGUACCUACGUACCCGCAAAGCUAUCUUUCACUACGGCCCUUUUCUCUUCAUGCACGGCGGCUUCUCCACCGCGACGGCCAGCAUGAUCACGAGUCUGAAGCGCGUGGAGGACUUCAAUGCGGAGCUCACGCAGGCCCUCAUGAACGGCACAAUCUCUCCGCUGGCGAGUGACGGCCUCGAUCUGGCCGAGGACGACGUCGAAGACGUGGGAAAUCCCAUCUUGGUGCGUAGCAUUCUCAAUGUGAAGUGCGACGAACUCGCAAAAGUGCUCAAGAAAAAGUUCCCUGGCAUCGACUUCGUGGUGGUCGGCCAUGUCCCGCACGACCCGCGCGACUUCAACGGCUGGCGCCUCUGCAACGGUCGGCUCAUUGACAUCGACUUCGGCAUGUCGCGGUGGAAGAAAGGCGACCCCGGCCACGUGGCGGCGCUGGAGAUCGAGGAGGCAACGUGGCACACACAGCUCAUUGAGACCUCCACCGCCAUCGGCCCCAUCGCGACGGACGACGUGGCCGCGUCUGACGCGGUGACGGCGCACCAUCUGCUGCGUCUCUCCAUGCUAAUUGUGGGGGUCGUGCUGUUGGCGUUUCUCAUUGCGUACUGCGUGCCAUUCCGGUCUGCGAUCGAGCAAGAGCCGCUGCUGGAUUGGCCGGCCACCACCUAUGGUGCUGCGUAG